GCUUCGGACUUCACAGCAGGCCAUUAUGGCGCGAGCUGCCCUCCAUAUUUCCAUGGCCAUUUCUCCCACGAAAUGUGGCGAGAAUGGCGACAAGUCGGCCGAGAACUCCCGCGUACUUAUCCUGGGAGGAACCGGAAGGGUCGGUGGCUCCACGGCUACUGCUCUAUCGAAGCUCUGCCCCUCCCUCCAACUGCUCAUAGCUGGACGGAAUCGGGAAAAAGGUGCUGCACUUGUAUCUAAACUUGGUAAAAAUGCCGAGUUUGUUGAAGUUAACAUUGAGAGCACAAACAUGUUGGAAAAAACAUUAGAAGAUGUAGAUUUAGUAGUUCAUGCUGCUGGACCAUUUCAAAAGGCAGAGAACUGUGGUGUGUUGGAAGCUGCAAUAUCUACAAAGACAGCGUAUGUGGAUAUCUGUGAUGAUACAGACUAUUCACAGAGAGCAAAAUCCUUCCAUUCAGAAGCAGUGGCUGCUGGAGUUCCAGCAAUUACAACUGGUGGAAUUUACCCUGGAGUGAGCAACGUUAUGGCAGCUGAGUUAGUUCACUCUGCCAAAUCUGAGAAUGCUGGUGAACCAGAAAGGUUAAGAUUUUUCUACUACACUGCAGGUUCUGGUGGUGCAGGUCCAACAAUAUUGGCGACUAGCUUUCUGCUGCUUGGAGAAGAUGUUAUUGCUUAUAAUAAAGGUGAAAUGAUCAAAAUGAAACCAUAUAGUGGAGUUCUCAACAUUGACUUUGGAAAAGGGAUUGGAAAAAGGGAUGUUUACUUACUGAACUUGCCUGAGGUUAGGAGCACUCAUGAGAUUUUGGGUGUGCCAAAUGUCAGUGCUCGAUUCGGUACAGCACCCUUCUUCUGGAAUUGGGGAAUGCAAGCUAUUGCAAAUUUUGUUCCUAGGGAAAUUCUGAGAGAUAGAAGUAAAGUCCAGCAGUUAGUUCAGAUAUUCGACCCUUCGGUGCGAGCUAUUGAUGGCAUUGCAGGAGAGCGGGUAGCAAUAAGGGUUGACUUGGAAUGCUCAAAUGGAAGGAGUACUGUUGGUUUAUUCACUCACAAGAAACUUUCGGUAUCGGUCGGAUAUUCCACUGCUGCUUUUGCACUAGCAGUUCUUGAGGGGAGCACACAACAUGGUGUUUGGUUUCCAGAGGAGCCAGAGGGGAUCGCGAUUGAUGCAAGAAAAGUGCUCCUUGAACGAGCCAUCGCCGCCGAAGGAACAAUAAACUUUGUAAUGAACAAGCCUCCUUGGUUGGUGGAAACUGAUCCGAAGGAGCUUGGACUAGGAAUAUAUGUAUGAUGAUGGUCUAGUGACACUUUCAGCCAAAAAUGAUUUCACUAAGCUCAUUAUUCAAGAUUUUGGAGACCCAAGCACUGAAGAUGAGAAUUUGCUUUCAUGGGUGAUCUUUUAGCUUCGUGUUUGUGAGGUCAAAUUUAUAAGCAAUACGAUGUUGUAACUUAUGUUUUGUCAAAUUAUAAUCAAUAACAAAUUUCAUUAAUUU